AUGGCGGCGGCUUCGGAUCUCCCGAUCGUGCUCUACCGGUACGAUAGGUCGCCUUACGCCCGGCGGCUCGUGUGGUAUUUGGAACUACGCAAGAUCCCAUACUCGGAAUGCAUCCAACCCCCCAUGCUCCCCCGCCCUGACGUCGCCGCGCUCGGUGUAGCCUACCGGCGCAUCCCCCUCCUCACCAUCGGGCGGGACGUCUACCUAGACACGCGUCUCAUCAUCCAAAAACUAGAGACCCUCUUCCCGCCCAGCACCGCGCACCCGGGCCUCAGCUCGCCCGACCCAGAGCACCAAGCGCUGGCGCAGCUCCUGUCGCAGCGCACCGUCUCCGGCGGGCUCUUCUUUGCCGCCGCGCAGUGCAUCCCGGCCGGGAUGAUCAGCGACCCGGCUUUUAUUAAAGACCGCGCCGAGCUGUCCGGCGUGGACAUGAAGCGCCGCGGGGCCGUGAGCCCGUUUUCGUCCGAGGCGAUGCGCGGACAGCGGCCGGGGGCGCUGGCGGUGAUCAGGGAGGCGGUGCGGUUCUUGGAGGAGGGGCUGCUGAGGGAUGGGCGGGAGUGGGUGCUUGGAUCGGCCCGUGAGGGGCCGAGUCUGGUGGAUCUCGAGGCCGUUUGGGUGCUGCACUGGCUGCGCGGGAUGCCGGGGGCGCUGCCGGCCGAGGUCCUGGGCAAGGAGAGCACGCCGCGGGUGUGGGCGUGGAUCGAGCGGUUUGAUGGCGUGGUAAAGGGGCUCGGGGGAAAGCCGGGGACGGUGGAGGGGGAUGAGGCAGCGAAGAUGGUGGCUGGGGCGCGGUUUGCGGAGGAGGGAGAGGGAGAGGUGGACGCCUCGGAUCCGGUGGUCGUUGCCGAGGGCUUUGAGAAGGGGCAGAGCGUGCGGAUGUGGCCGACGGAUUAUGGGUCUUUGCAUCGAGAUGCGGGAAAGCUUUUGGCUAUGACACGAGGAGAGUAUGUGAUUGAGACGCAGGGCAAGUAUGGGAGUGUCAGGGUGCACGCGCCGAGGUCUGGGUUCAAGAUAGAGAAGGGUAACAGCACGGCUUCGAAGAUGUGA